AGACCUGUUGAAGGACCUGCCGGAACGAAGCAGGAUUUGAGAAGCUUUAAAUUAAUAUUGGAAUAUAUAAAAGCAUUGCCUGUAAGUGUUAAUGUAGCUUUCCUGACUGGGCAGGAAACAGACUUCAUCUUAGUUUCAUGUACAGGAUCAGGGAUAGAACUUAACAGAAGGGAGCAGGUUCUGAAAGCCAAGAAGGCUGGAGAAGAUUCAUUGAGGAGAUCAGGUCUUGGGUACACAAUAAUUCGCCCUGGUCCCCUAAUGGAAGAACCUGGUGGACAACGUGCUCUCAUAUUUGAUCAGGGAAACAGGAUAUCUCAGGGGAUCAGCUGUGCCGAUGUGGCAGAUAUCUGUGUGAAGGCAUUGCAUGAUUCAACUGCAAGGAACAAGAGCUUUGACGUUUGUUAUGAAUGUGUGGCUGAGCCAGGGAAGGAGCUGUACGAACUGGUAGCACAUUUACCUGACAAAGCGAAUAACUAUCUGACACCAGCACUCUCCGUUCUAGAGAAGAACACUUGA